AUGGGGAUUGAAAGUCCGUACCACCGUGAACGAAUUUCAGUGGCCUUUGAGCACACGCAGAGCAAAAGCAAGGAGGAGGAGCCUUCCAGGAAGGCUCUGAGCUCCUCUGCUGACUCCAGCUCUCCCCUGCCCAGCCUGGCCCAGUCGUUAUGGGCCCUCUUCACCUCUACCCUGGCCAUCUCCCUGGUAUUUGCUGUCAUCCCCUUCUGCCAUGAUGUGAAGGUGUUGGCCUCGGUCAUAGCGCUGGCGGGCCUAGCCAUGGGCUGCAUCGACACCGUGGCCAACAUGCAGCUGGUGAGGAUAUACCAGAAGGACUCAGCCUUCUUCCUUCAGGUCCUCCAUUUCUUCGUGGGCUUUGGUGCUCUGCUGAGCCCCCUGAUUGCUGACCCCUUCCUGUCAGAGGCCAACUGCUUACCUGCUAACAGCACAGCCAAUGCCUCCUCCAGAAGCCAUCUGUUCCAUGCAUCCAGGGUCCUGGGCCAGCAUUAUACAGCAACCCAGCCUUGGUCAAACCAGACGAUACCCGGGCCAUCCCCAAAGGAUUCAACAGAGAACCACGUAUCCUAUGCCUUCUGGAUCAUGGCUCUCAUCAACCUCCCAGUGCCCCUGGCGAUUCUGUUCCUGCUGUCCAAGGAGCGGCUGCUGACCUGCCCCCAGCGGAAGCCACUGCUCCUGUCUGCAGACGAGCUUGCACUGGAGACCCAGCCUGCUGAGAAGGAAGACACCUCCUCGCUGACCCCCAAGUUUCAGUCAUACCCAGGGCAGGAGGACCUGUUCAGCUGCUGCCAGAGGAAGAACUUCCGGGGAGCCCCGUGCUCUUUCUUUGCCAUCCACAUCACAGCCGCUCUGGUCCUGUUCAUGACAGACGGGAUGAUGGGCGCUUAUUCUGCUUUUGUGUACAGCUAUGCUGUGGAGAAGCCACUGUCUGUUGGACACAAGAUGGCUGGUUACCUCCCCAGCCUCUUCUGGGGCUUUAUCACCCUGGGCCGGCUCAUCUCCAUCCCUGUCUCCUCAAGAAUGAGGCCAGCCACCAUGGUGUUCAUCAAUGUGGUGGGCGUUGUGGUGACAUUCCUGCUCCUGCUUAUUUUCUCCUACAAUGUCAUCUUCCUGUUCGUGGGGACUGCAAGCCUCGGGCUGUUUCUGAGUAGCACCUUCCCCAGCAUGCUGGCCUACACGGAGGACAUCCUCCAGUACAAAGGCUGUGCGACUACAGUGCUGGUGACUGGGGCAGGAAUUGGCGAGAUGGUCCUGCAGAUGCUGGUUGGUUUGAUCUUCCAGGCCCAGGGCAGUUACAGUUUCCUGGUCUGCGGUGUGAUCUUUGGCUGCCUGGCUUUUAUCUUCUACACCGUGCUCCUGUUUUUCCACAGGAUACACCCUGAACUCUCAUCAGGUGAGGAAAUGACUCUGAUAGUGACAAGUUCCACGGAGCACAAGACGCACCGUCACCCGUAAGAAUCCCGCUCAGGGAUGGAGACUGCGCCUUCAGUCUGGAGAAAAUGGGCCAGGAGUGGAAGGUCCAUCCAGGCUAGACAGAGUGAAUGGUCCAUGACUGUUCAGCACGGAAGGAAACUGAGGAGACAAAAGCAGAUCAGCAUCCUAUUACAACCCCUACUUCCGCUCUCCAUCCCUGUUAUCCCCGGGGCAGAACACAAGACACGUCCUCAGGACAAAGGCAGUGACUGUGUUCACAGGAGACUACGAUGGAUUUCCACGUUUUGUUUAUAUUUAUCACGUGAGGGGGAGGAUGGGGUAGUUCACACACAGGCACCACUGCUGCGUGUGAGGUCAGAGAACUUUGUGAGGCCUUCUCUCCUUCCACCUCUGUGGGUUCCAGGGAGCAAACAGGCUGGCAGGCUUGCCCAGUAAGUACUUCACCCUCUGAGACACCUCGCAGGCCCAAAAGAUGGUUAUAGCAAAAACACAGUCAAAAAUUUCUUUGACCUCCCAGAAACUGUUUGCAAUUGAUAGACCCGUUGGCAAUGGGAAAGUCAGUUCUCUCCAUGAACUGUCCCUGGGUGUAUCAAGCAGACUCCAGGGCAGGUCCCAUGUCAAGGAGUAGUUGGCCAACACAACACAGACUCCCUGGUUUUUGUUGCUGUG